AAAUGUCAGUGAAGAAAUAGGCUUAUGUACCUGUACAUUUAAAGGAGAAUACUAAAUUUUUCGAUGUUUACGCUCCAAUAGUAAAUUGACUGACGCGUUUCGUGGUUGUUAGUGUGAGCGGGUUGUGCGACUCUGUUCUGUUUUGUUUGUGAAGAACGUUAUGUAAUUUUGUGAAUCACUGAAGUUGACGAUAAUUAUCAUUUUCGCUCUUAGAAAAAGUUGAAGCAAAAUGUUUAAAUUAUAAAACGCUCCAUGUUCUUUAAUCAACCAGGACCAAGUGUGUCUGUACCACUGUGCAGCAAUGAUUUUUUUGGGAAUGUUAGUUUUACUUAGCCUUUUUGAAUCGGGUGUCUGCGAACCUAUUCAUUCCUUUUUCAGUUAAUGAUGCAUAAGGUAUGAUGAUGUAUUUCCGCACUGAGCGGAAUGUGCGCAUUAGAACGCGUUUCACCGAUCCAGGUAAAACACUGAUCAAUAGACUGUCCAGAGAGAAUAAUCGUGAUGUCUGAAGUCAAAAGGAAAUUAGUUUUGGGUAUUGAUAUUGGAACAACAUCUAUAAAAGUCUGCAUUGUUGAUGCAGCCACAAAACAGACAUUGUCUAAGCAGGCAAAGGAUACUCAAGCAAAUGUGCCUAGCGACCAAGGGUCAGAAGGAAACAAGCAAAAUGUACCUAAAAUUAUUUCUGCAUUGAAUUUUUGCAUAUCUAGGCUUCCAAAGGAUCAACUGAAAGAUGUGGAGCAUAUUGGGAUUUGUGGACAGAUGCAUGGUGUUAUGCUGUGGACUAGUCAGGAAGGAGAAAAAGCUUGGGAACAAACAGAGGUGUUUACCGGUUGUAGAUAUGAAGCUAAUGCCAAAGCUGUAUCGGCACUAUAUACAUGGCAAGACUCUCGUUGUGACCCACAGUUUCUGGCUACACUGCCAAAGCCUCAGUCACAUCUUCAUGUUUAUUCUGGCUAUGGAUGUGCUACACUGUUCUGGAUUGCUCGCAACAGACCUGAUAAACUUGACAGAUAUAAUUGUGCUGGAACAGUUCAGGAUUUUGCAGUGGCCAUGUUAUGUGAUAUGGAUAAGCCUGUUAUGUCUGUGCAGAAUGCUGCAAUGUGGGGCUAUUUUGACACAAAUACAUCUGAAUGGAAUACUGAUAUUUUACAUAAUGCUGGAUUUCCAACCCAUAUACUACCAAGAAUUGUCAAAAGUGGAGAAGUUGCAGGAAGUCUUGCAAACAGUUGGUAUGGGAUUCCCAGUGGUACUCCUGUAGGAGCAGCAUUGGGGGAUCUUCCAUGUUCAGUUCUUGCCACACUGGAAAAAGAUAAUGAUGCUGUGAUGAAUAUAUCUACAUCUGCACAGCUAGCAUUUGUUAUGAAACCAGAUUUUCAACCUAGCCAUCAAUCUCCAGAGAAACAGACAGUGCUGUAUUUCCCUUACUUUAGUGGGAGAUACUUAGCUGUGGCUGCAUCGUUAAAUGGUGGAAAUGCACUGGCUACUUUUGUUCGUACCCUUCAACAAUGGACAUUAGAACUUGGCUUCAGUGUUCCACAGUCUAAAGUGUGGGAAAAAAUAUUGGUUUUGGCUGCUGAGGAAAAUGCAGUUUCAUCACUGAAAGUGAUACCAACAUUGUUGGGAGAAAGGCAUAGUCCUGAACAAAAUGCAACAGUUACAAACAUUGAUUUAGGUAAUCUGUCAUUGGGACAAGUAUUUCGUGCAUUGUGUAGUGGUGUUAUUGAAAAUUUACACAGCAUGAUGCCAAGAGAAGUGCUGUUGGAUUCAAGUAUAAAGCGGAUAUUAGGUAUUGGCUCAGCACUAACUCGUAAUAAAGUUCUGCAGGCAGAAGUUCAGCAUUGGUAUCAAUUGCCAAUUGAUUUUGUAUCUGGAGGAGAUGCUGCUAUGGGAGCAGCUUUAUCAGCCUUGUCUGUAUCUUAGCUGUGACUGAUCAGUCUCUGUCAGAGUAAUAUUUUUUGUCAAAAGGCAAUUUGUAUGACAUUUGUCAUGCGGAUUUCCUGAUUUAUGCUUGCGUGGAAAUGAGUAGGCCAAGAAAUUAAAAUGAAGAUAGUGCUAGUUAGAACUGCUCAAACUAUAUUUUGAGCAGUAAUAUUGAUUUUAAAAACAUAUCAUUAUAUGUAAGGUGGGUCAAGGAGUAGUUAACUACAGAAAUAGGGUAUGUACUGUACCAAUCAAAAUAAAUCAAGAUGGAGGCCAGAAGCAUGAUUAAGCAUGGGAAAGUUUAUAAGUGAAAAGGUAAAUUUGGCUGUUCUCAUAUAACAGAGAAAUUAAACCCAUUCUAAGAACUGCACAACAAGAAUGAAUACCAAGCUUUUGUUAUCUGAGCUGAAGGGAGUACAAGAAAACAAUAAGAUAACCAGGAAAUGCAGAUUUGAUUUGAGGGUGGAGCAGGGAUGGAAGAGGAGAGAAGGUUAAGUGGGGUAGACUAUUUAUACAGCUGUAAAUGUUGCCAUAGUGUCACAUAAUUUAGAUUUUCACCACAGAGUGUGGUCAGCAUUUUCAGAGUGAUUUUUCUUCUGUACAAUCAAGCUUGUGAAUAUUGGAGGUUACAAGUAGUAAAUUUGGCAAUGUACUUCCAAGAGAAAAAGAGCAGUUGCUUGAAAGCUAGUAAAGUUUUUGCUGUUACGUUUGUUUAUGCACCAUGUAUCAAUCUGCUUCAGGUGAACGGGUUGCCUUUCUUAAUUUUUGUUUUGUUACAUCUUAAUAUUACACAGUUUUCCUGGGUGAUCAGAAUUGGUGACACAUAGUCAUAGCAGAUGAUUCCAUUUGUUUCAGAUCUCAGUUAUUUGAAAGAGACAAGAUAUCAUGAAAUUGUAAUCUGGUUUCAUUUUUUAGAUACUCUCAUGCAUUUUCACGUGGUGCUCUCUGAUAUGUGCUCAGUUCUAUGUAUCACUAGUUCUAUGUAUCACUGUGUAAUCUAGUUUCACUGUUUAGAUAAUCUCAUACAUUUUCCAAGUGGUGAUCACCAGAAAGCCGUGCCUGAUGUUAAUCCAUCCUUUGUUAGCUAAAGCUCUCUUAACACAACAAAUAAAAAUGUAUAAGAUUGUCUCAGAGAGACUGGAAAUCAGCAUUUUUGUUAAUGUUGCUGUUAAUGCCCUGCUGUCCCCUGCAGUGUAUGAGUUUGUUUGUUCUGCUAUAAGCUUAAGGUCUCAUUUCAUAUGGUAACAGACAUUGGUAUUUAUUACAUGGAACAAACAUGAAUCAUAAUUUAAUGUAAAAGUUAUUGGGUUUACAAUUUAUUCACAGCUUGAGGUGCUUCAGAUAUUGUAACAGGAAAUUUUAAAGCAGAGUACCGUAUGUAAAACAGUUAUUAGGAAACUGUUACUUAAAAAGCUUUAAAAUAGUUUUAUAGUUCUUUU